CCGCCCACCCCGGCCCCUGCGGCGCGCGGAGGCCGUCUGCCUGUCACGUGGUCCCCGAGCUGGGCGCGGGCCGGAGGGGCGGAGCCGCUUGGCCGGGUUGCCCGGUAGCGCCGUGGCCAUGGCAACGUAUGUAAAGCCCGCGAGGGGGACGCGGGGCCGGGCCCUGACGGGAAGAGGAGACGCGACGGGAGGAGGUGGGGGAUGGCCCCAGCUCCUGGACUUAUAUGAUUACCUGAGAAUAUCAGCUUUGAUUUUUUAAAAGAAUCUCAACGCACAUUCUUGCUGUGCUACAUACAAGUCGCUUCAGUUAAAUGCAGACUCUUUGGGAUGGAGCGCAGACAGCUGGCAUGCAACACACUCCACAACAAAGAUGGGAAGAAGGGACAUUUUGGGCCAGUGACAUUGGGUCCUAACCUAGAAUAAAGAUGACUGCAAGAGAAACAGCUACGCGCAAAGGGACAAUUAUUCCUAAAUCCCGGAAGAGUUUACUUUCACUUGAUGUAAAUGCAGUGUCUCCACAGCAAAGAGAGAGGUAUCUGGCAUUUGCUGAGCCCACUGAGGAACCAGUGAAAUCCAUGCUGGCUUCAGACAUUCUUAUGAUGGAUAAAAUUUCACACGAGCACUCCAUGCGUGAAAGAGACGCAGAGCAAAAGAAGCAGGCCAGGGUCAUUGGGCUGCUCAAGGCUGCAGAAGCCCGGAACCGCCUUCGAAACGUGAGACUCCGAUUUCAGAACUUGAGAGCUCAGGAAAUAAACCAUCUGAUAGCCUGCCAGAAAACUGCCAGAGGCGCUGUGAGACUGGAGGUGUUUCUCCCACCCCGAAAGAACAUUCAGAAACUAGCAGAUAACUUGGACAGAGUUCAGAGGAGUAGAGUUGAAGCGAUACUAGAAGAUGAAAAUGGCGAAAUAUUCAUUAGAAGAACCUGAAACCUUGGAGGAGGUAGUUAGAAUAAAGUACCAUAGUGCCUGAACUGGGAGUGAGCCCCUAGGAGAGCUACAAGUUGUCUCAGCUACUGAUAAUUACUGUUCAAUAAACCACACCAGUUUCUUCUCAUGGGCAUCCAAAGACGUGCAACAAUUUAAACUAUGAUGGCAGAUCCACAGAACUUACCUAGAAACUGCUAAAGGAAUGGAAGAUUCAGCAUGGUGGGCCAAAUUCUAACUUCUCUUACACAGUUAUAAAUCCAGAAUUACUCGACUGACUUGACACCUCUUACUCUGGAUUUACCCCAGCAUUUCUGAGGUCAAAAUUUGUCCCUGCGGCCUUCCUCAGUAAGGUACUUACUUGAUUAGUUGGAAAUAGGGACCCUUUAGUGUUAAGCCAAAUUGUAUGUCUAACAAUGACUUUCAGCCUUUACUAUACAUGAGUGAGAAACCUCAGUGCCAUUACUAGCCUUUUCUUGUGAUGAGUCUUUGGUCUUGUAAUUUUAAAACUGUGAAAUAUUGAAAUACUGCUUGCUUAUAUAGUCAUGCCUGUAAUGUCCUUUAGCCUCCACAACUGAUAGACAGCAGGACACCCCUGCAUGUUUUGAGGUGUGUCAAAUAUCACCCUGUAAAAACCCUGCAAUAAAGGUAACAAUGGAUGCAACAAA